GGGACCGGUCAGCUGUUCGAGGUGAAUUACGAUUACAACCAGGUGAAGAACUGGAAGGCGAAGGAGUGGGCUCGGCCCGUCGCUCGAAUCUCCGGCGAGGGCUCCGCCGACAUGGUGGACCAGGCGGUGGCUAUGGCUUUCGGUCAGUCCAAGAGCAGUAAUUACGUGCGAAUUCAGGCAAAUGGAUCCAGCAUAGUCCAAUGUGGCCCAAAUGUGGAGACAGAUCCAAGUUCCAGCAAUGUAAAUAUGCUGAUUGCAUUAGCAGAAGAGAUGCUGCAACAGAAGAAUGUCGAAUCCGUUCUCUUUGGAGGCAAGAGGAUCGCCGAGCAGACUAAUUUUGAGAAACUUGAUUGGAUUGCUGCAGAACUGGUUCUUGAGCAUCAGAGAAGAAGUUGCAGAAUAGCUCCUACUGUUGCUUUCAAGCAAGUGUCACCCCAAAACCCUUAGAAACACUCAAGAUAUAGAUCAAGAAGGGAAAAUUACCACCUGUUAAAGGAGAGAGAGAGGAAAAAGAAGCAACUUUUUAUUUAAUUUGUUUUCUUUGUAUUGUGCAUGUGGAAAUAGGAAGAAGUUGAAGGAAAAGGACAAGAGAAGAAGUGGAAAAUCUUAGUGGGAUAUUUUGCCUGCCUAAGGCAAGGCAAGGCAAGGCAAAGGCAAAGGCAAAGGCACUGUGGUGUCCACUCCACUCUUUGUUUUACAAAACUGAAAAACACCAUUCAUUCAGUUCAGACUUAAAGAUCUCAAAGCUUUUGGAUUUGGCAACUCAAACAAAAUAUAUUUCAGGUCUGAAAAUUAGAAUCCCCUUCUUUUCUUCUUCACAAAAUCUCAUUUCCAGGCCUCUGUUUCUGUCCUCUCCUUUUUUCCUUUUCAAUCCCUUUCAUUAUUAUUUAUUUCACAAUAUAUAUAUAUAUUUUUUCGGCAAUUUUAAUUUCUUUCUUUUUUCAGCGACCGACAGUUUCCAUUAUAUCAAACCAAAAUGGCAACUUUAUAUAUAUAUAUAUAUGUAUGUAUAUGACAUGUGGGCCCCAUUCUUUGAUGAGACAGAAAAUUAGAUUUCUCAUUUCUUUUUCUUUUUCUUUUUCCCUUUUUUUCCUUAUUUUACUAUCCAGUCCUUUUGAAGUGCCUGCUCUGAAGCAACAUAAUCCCCAAUGCACCUCUCUCUGUCCUCUGUUUCGUUUCAUUUCCCUUUUUAAACUUGUAUAUGUUUGUAAUUAGCAAAUGGUUCCCAGAGAAAUUGGUGUCAGAUUUUUAUUGAAGACCAUUUAUGUCCUCAGCUGUUUAUUUAAGACCGUUGAUAUUUUUCUGUCUCUCUGAACUUAUGAGCUUAUGAUGAUUGGAUGGUGCUUGAUUGA